CCGCAGCCUGCAGCCUUCACACGGCGACGGGGACAGACAGAGCGAGCCGCGGGUGUGGACGCUGGCCGGAUGGUUAAAUCUAACCUACAGACGAUUUUGAAUAGUCAUUGUUUUGUUAGAGAAAAAGAGAGAAACUUAACCGAGAUGCCUGUUAUUGAGCAGUCCAGUAAUAAACCUGAACGUGAAAGUAUCUCCAGUCCCAGGAGGUGCUCCCGCUGUUGCAGUAACCCGUGUCCGGGGCCUCUGUGGUGCUCCGAUGCCCCUCACCCACCCCUGAAGAUCCCAGGUGGGCGAGGGAAUGACCAGCGGGAUCGCAAUCUUUCAGCUAAGCUAUUCUAUUCUGAUACUCACUUGCUGGUUCUUGAGGAGCCUCCACCUGCCAACGGCAGAGUGCGCUUCUUGCUCUUUGAGCCCCGCCGCUCUGAGGGCAAGCACUGCGUCUGGAGGGCGGCGCUGAAAGGAGGGAACCUUUACGUUGAAAUCCCUCCCGGAGCUUUGCCCGAGGGCAGCAAAGACAGUUUUGCUCUUCUGCUGGAGUUUGCAGAAGAGCAGCUGCAGGUUGGUCACGUGUUCAUCUGUUUUCACAAGAACCGUGACGAUAGAGCAUCCCUCCUGCGUACGUUCAGUUUCCUGGGCUUUGAGAUUGUGAGACCGGGUCAUCCCCUCGUCCCCUCCCGCCCCGACGCUUUCUUCAUGGCUUACAGCAUCGAGCGAGACUCCUCCUCCUCCUCUGACGACGAUUAAACGACGCUGAGCAUUUACAAGUGUUUUUUGUUGCUCUCAUUUCAAUCCAUACCCAACACCGCUUUAUGAUUUUUUUAUUUUGGGGGGGGGGGUGAAAUGAAUAUAUUAUCCAAGUACAGUAUGGUUGAGGUUUGCCCUUUUUUGUUUGUUUUACUGUUUAGCUACCAUGUGCUGUGUUUCAAUGCUAUUUGCACUAGGGUAAGAUGUUAAUAUACCAGGAAUGUAGAGCAAGCGCCCACAUAAUAUCCGGGCAUUGUGUCCUCGCCACUGUAUUACUCCUCAUGAUGUGUAGUGCUGACCUCCUAUUCUCCCCCUCCCCGAACCCCCCCGCCCCAACCGACGAUCAUCUCCACAGUGUAAUAUUUAUGAUAAAUCUUAAUUCAUCUUACUCAUGUAAGUCGAUAUGUUUUCAUAGCAUCAGUUGAUCCUCCUGUUAAUUUUGCAUGAUUUUCAUUUGUUGCUAUGCGUCACUUGAUAGAAAUCUGCAUGUUGUAACUACUAAAUAAAAGUGCACCUAAGUGAAUCGA